AUGUCUCCCAGGAUCAGCAAUGAGCCCGAGCGGAUAGCUCUUUCUUAUUCUCAGCCUAGACAUAUUUCCAUGAUGCAAGGAAUGUCAAAUAUGGCUUCAAGAUCUCUCCAGGAUGAUGAAUUGUCAAACCAUGACGCUUUAUCUUUAUGCUCAACCCUUUCCCAUGGAACUCCACAGGAUAUUAAAGACUGGAACAUGAACACAACAGAUUCACUUGAGCAGGCCAUUUCCAAGGAUUCUCCCCAGGUGCACAUGCUCUCUUUCUCAAUGUCUCAACCAAUGAUGGCCUCCACGGUCGGACCAAAUGAUGUUAUGUACACAGGUGUGGACUUCCCAGCAGUCCCUGACAUGCAUGAUCAUAAUGAAUUGCCCCGGGACUUUUAUUCUUUUGUGGAUCUAUCCUCCAUGGAUAAUGAUGUGUGUGGAGUGCAAGCAACAACACCCGAUGAUUGUCUUUCUGUCGCACACAGUUCACAUACUGAAGAUGGUCAGUUGAUGGCUUCCCACGAGCCCUGGAAUACCAUGAUGCCUGAUGGCCACUACCCCGGAACUACUUUGGAUCAACUCUCAUCAAGCAUUUUCCAGACCGUUCCGGUCUCACCACCUCUGACUGAAGCCAGCAAUGACAUGUCCGUUACUUCUUCUUGCUCUCACGCAGGUUUCCCUUCGUUCAUGGCAUCCGAUGACUCUUACCUCACCUCGCCAAUCGGACUUAACCCAGCGGAACCUAUGUUCCCUAGCACACCUUUGAGCGAGAAGGAUGUCAACAGAACUAUUAGACCCUCUAAGCCAUCUCGUCGAGCAGCUGUGCAGAAUGUGUCCCAUAAAUCCAAAGACGGGGCGGAGGCUCGCAACCCGCGAGAGCACCACUACUACUCCCUGUCAACGCACAGCGAUGGUAAAUACUACUGUCCUUAUGCCAAUGGAGAGAAGCCAUGCAGUCACCCACCCACUACGCAAAAAUGCGCUUACCACAAAUAUCUGGAUUCCCACCUGAAGCCCUACCGCUGCAAGGUUCCAGUCUGCAUGGAUGCCCAGCUACGUUUCUCAUCUAACGCAUGUCUCUUCCGUCACGAGCGUGAAGCCCAUGGUUUGCAUGGUCACGGCGACAACCCUCACCUCUGCCUCUGGGAGGGAUGUGAACGAUCUGUCCCUGGAUAUGGAUUCCCGCGUAGAUGGAACCUGUACGACCACAUGCGUCGCGUGCACGAUUAUGCCUCAUCCGAGCGCCACAGCUCACCGGAGGCCUCGCCGACCAGCGUUGCUCCAAAGAGAAAGGAGUCCGGUCGCCGUAGAAAGGGAGGAGUCACCGGCCCUACCCCGGCUCCAGUCAUGAAGCGCACUGGCUCCGUCCAUUCCCGGUCCGGAUCAUCCGUCAAGUCGCCCAUCGCCCAGCACGGCCAGCGUCUGCAGAAUGCCGAGCAGAACUACUACAAGUGCCGCUCGCGCCUGCUUGAAGAUCUUGCCCGCAUCAGCCCCCAGGACAUCACCAUGCACGAGAAAGUCAAUGCCAGUCUUCAAGAGCUCUACACCCUCGGCUUGACAUACCGUCAUCUCGAGGCCGGCCAGGCUAUUUCCCACAUGCCCAAUGGACUUCCUGCGUAA